AAGAUGUCAGAUGUCAAAGACCAAGAUAAUUACUAUAUAUGAUAAAUACUUGAUAAAUACACUUAAAUUUUAACGAUAUGCGUACCUAAAGAGAUAAAAUGAUUCUAAUUUAAUAAAUAUUACUUAAUUUCUUAAAAAUUAUUUUCAAUCGUAUCAAAAUGUUGGGACGGAAACAAAGUUUGAAAGGUGAACCAAUACUUGCAGACUAUGGCCCAGAAGAAUCACUAAAUGAAAGUGCUGAUAUAGAAUGGGUGAAUAAGUUAUGGGUCAGGCGAAUAUUAAGAUUUUGUGCACUUUUAAGUUUAAUGUCAGUUUCCCUUAAUACUCCAAAAUCAUUCGAGAAAUAUCCAUACCUUCAGAUCACAACAUUUGUGGUUGACUGUUGUGUUACAUUACUUUUCACAGCGGAAAUGAUUGCAAAAAUGCACAUCAGAGGAAUCUUGCGGGGUGAUGUUGCAUACUUAAAGGAUCAUUGGUGCCAAUUUGAUGCUUCUAUGGUGUUUUUCCUCUGGGUGUCAGUGCUGUUACAAAUGUUUGAAUUGACAGGAAUCGUGCCAAGAUAUAGUUAUCUGAGUAUACUUAGAGCUCCAAGACCAUUAAUAAUGAUUAGAUUCCUACGAGUAUUUCUGAAAUUCUCAAUGCCAAAAUCAAGAAUUAACCAAAUUUUUAAUUUUUAUCAUGUCUUCAAGACAAUUGCUACCUGAUGAACAUAUAGUGCGUUUGUUAUUAGAAGAGGAAGAUUUCAGUGCUUCGGAAUAAUUAUCUUAUAGCGAAACUGAAGAUAACCUGUAGGUGGAUGCUGUUGAAAGUGAUAAUCAGACAGAAGAGUCUUCUGGUUCUUCCAACGAUGAAGUUGUUCAAGAGCAGAUUUCUCCUGCUUCGGUGGAUGAUGUGCUGGAACCACAAACACCUCAUCCACCUCCAGAAGUGAGUUCAGGUAAUAAUCCAAGUAUAUUGUCCUUCUCAACAAGCACAGUCCGCAGUCGGUCUCGCCAUGUUUGGGCAACUAACAAAGGGCGUUCUUCCAACAGAACAGCAGCAAUAAAUAUUGUACAUAUUGCCAGGGGACCUACUCGCGUACUAAAGGAUAUUGUCGAUCCAGUAUCGUUAUUUGAUUGGUUCAAGACUGACCAGAUAAUAGAUGAGGUUGUAAAAUGGACAAACACAGAGAUUGCGAUAAGAAAACAGACCCAUGCGCAAAUAACUUCUACGCAAAGUGACUCUGGCAAAGAGGAGAUCUGAGCUCUAUUGGGUAUCCUGGUGUUAAGUGCAGCUCUGAAAGACAAUCAUCUGACUCUUGAUGAACUGUUCAAUACAGAAUAUUCUGGUACAAGAUAUGUAUCGUGUAUGAGUAAAGAGAGGUGCGAUUUCCUUCUGCAAUGUCUACAUUUCGACGAUAAAACAUUUCGCUUACAACGGCAAAAAGACGAUCCCUUUACGCCCAUAAGAGAUAUAUGGGAAUUGUUUAUGGUUCAGUGCCGUCAAAAUUAUGUUCCUGGAACAAAUGUUACCAUAGAUGAGCAGCUGCUGGCAUUCCGAGGAAGGUGCAAAUUCCGGAUGUAUAUUCCGAAUAAACCCGCUAAGUAUGGAGUCAAGUUAGAAAUCAUGUGUGACAGUGGCACAAGGUAUAUGCUGGACUGUAUGCCGUAUCUUGGAAAAGGAACCUAUACAAGUGGUUUAUCUUUAGGAGAGUACUUUGUAAAGGAACUGUAUACUCGCAGUAUACACGGUACGAACGGAAACAUUACCAUGGAUAACUGGUUCACCUCAGUACCAUUUGCAAAACAGUUACUUCGACAACCUUACAAAUUAACAAUUGUGGGGACAUUACAAACUAAUAAAAGAGAAAUCCCGGAUGAAUUAAAGAACCACAGAACGAGUAAUGGAACCAGAAGGGUCAAUACGUCAAUGUUCGUGUAUGAUGGACCCAUUACACUUCUUUCGUACAAACCUAAACCUUCGAAAAUGGUUUACAUGCUUUCCUCUUGUGAUGAGGAGGCCUCAGUCAAUCCAGAAACAAAAAAGCCACGCUUGAUUGAAUUCUAUAAUAAGACAAAAGGUGGUGUAGACACAUUUGACCAAAUGUGCUCAAUAAUGUCAUGCAGCAGAAAAACUAAUUGUUUGCCAAUAUGCGUCUUCAAUGGAAUGAUGAAUAUAGCAUGUAUCAAUAGUUACAUAAUUUACUGCCACAAUGCUUCUGUACAGGGUCAAAAACGAAUGAACUGUCGAACCAUGGCUGAAAAUCCGACUGGAAAUUUGUACCAUGCUGACGCAUAUCAAGAAUAAAAUCAGAAAUAUAUUAGGUUCAGGGCACGAUGAAGGUCAAGGUCAGAGUCAGCCACAAUCCAGCAACGUCCUUCAACCAACAGAAGCACCAAAUAGUAGAAAAAGAAAAAUCUGUGGUCUAUGUUCAUAUACCAAAAGGCGCAUGACAAAGUCAUCAUGCGCUAAAUGUAAUUCAGCAAUAUGUGGGAAACAUAAGGUUGAUUUUUGUUCAAAAUGCGCUCUAAAAAAUUAGCUUUUUUCUAUUUUUCUAAAUAAUUUAUGAUGUUAUAAUUUAGGUACGCCAAAGAAGAAAAAGGCUAUUUCUUGUUGUUUUUUUUAUUUUAAUUUUUAUAAAUAUGUUGUCUUCAGUGAUCCCAUAAAAGCUAGUGCCUUUCUAUAAAAGUGAUAAAAUAAAUAUAAUUAGUAAUAAUACAG